UCAAAUGUCAGUUAAUUAGCAAUUGUACGAAAAUAACCUAACCUCUAAAAUAAAAUAAUAAGAUGUUUAAUAAUUUAAUACGAUUGUUACCAAUAACUUUACAAAGCACAGCUUUUCAACCACACAAUGCAUUGAAGUUGCACAGUUCUGCUACAAGCUAUGCAGUUAAAAAAACAACAUCGGCUGCCGGAGGUGUACUGGGGUUGGGAAAGGGCAAGAAAAAAGGAGGGAAAUUGGCAGCCAUUGAAAAGAAGGAACUUCCUGUUGAGACAGACCCGGAGAAGCUUGUGAACUAUGUGUGUGGCUCCAACAUCUACCUCACGGGAGAGGAUGUCAAAAUAAAAGAUGACAGUGAGUAUCCAGAGUGGCUGUGGAAGAUGAACAUGGGGGCUCCCCCUCGCAUUGAGGACCUAGACCCCAACACCAAGGAGUACUGGAAGAGGGUGCGAGCCAUGGGGAUGAAGAGGAACAAUAAGUUGCAAUCCAUGAAGAAGUUCUAGCCCUUUGGAAUGUUUUUCCAACUUGUUAAAUAUUUCAUAACUUAUAGCUUCAUUAAAACAUAUAAGAGUGGUAUGAAAAUGUAUGUAUAAGCAUUACUGUAAUAGAAAUCUGUUAAAUAGUUAUCAAUUAUAAUUUGAUAAUGUGGAAUUAAGUGUAUGCUCUCGCUGUGAAACCUGGAUAAUAAUAAAUUAUAUGGUCUGCAUUGUUUGAAAUUAUUUACCUAUGUCUACUGUUUUCUUUUCAAUUGUUAGUUAAAUCUUAUUCUUAUGAUUAAUUUCGAAUGAAAACAAUGACUAGCUAUCAACUUGAUAUAAGAAAUUUUUUUAUACCAGCAAGUUGUGUGAAAUCUAGAGUAAAAGACACAGGCUAUGAAAUAUUUUGAGUUGGAUAUUUUCAAUUACUGUGUAAUGUAGAGUUAGCGAUGUUUGAAUGUAAGGCCAUACUGGACUGAGCACUAGUUUUAUUGAAUAUUUUAGCAAUAAAUAUUUGUAAUUGUUACGAAAAAA